AUGACGGUCGGCAAUCCAGAUACAUGGAUAGAGCAGCUUCGACAAUGCAAGUACUUGCCAGAGCCGGAUAUCAAGGCUCUCUGCGAGAUGGUCCGAGGCAUUCUCAUGGAGGAGAGCAACAUCCAGCCAGUAUCAAGUCCUGUCACAGUGUGCGGAGACAUUCACGGCCAGUUCUGGGACUUGCUCGAACUUUUUAGAGUCGGUGGAGAGCCGCCGGAUACGUCCUACGUCUUCAUGGGCGACUUUGUGGACAGAGGAUACUUCAGCUUGGAGACAUUCUCACUCCUCAUGGCGCUUAAAGCACGACAUCCAUCUCGAAUCACCCUUCUCCGCGGCAACCACGAGUCACGCCAAAUCACCCAAGUCUACGGCUUCUACGACGAAUGUCAGCGCAAGUACGGCAAUGCCAACGUAUGGAAGUCCUGCUGCCAAGUGUUUGACUAUCUCAACCUAGCAGCCAUCAUCGACGGCCGUGUCCUCUGCGUCCACGGUGGUCUUAGCCCAGACGUCCGAACGCUUGAUCAGAUUCGGAUUAUUGCACGAGCGCAGGAAGUGCCUCACGAAGGAGCCUUUUGCGAUCUCAUGUGGAGUGAUCCGGACGACAUCGAUACGUGGCGAGUUUCACCGCGCGGGGCAGGAUGGUUGUUCGGUGGUGCAGUGACAAAGGAGUUUAACCACGUGAAUGGGUUGAGUCUCAUAGCGAGGGCGCAUCAAUUGGUGCAGGAAGGAUACAAAUUGAUGCACGACAACAACAUCGUGACGGUAUGGUCUGCGCCCAACUACUGUUACCGAUGCGGAAACGUUGCGAGUAUCUUUGCAGUGGAUGAUCUGAUCGCGUACGAAAGCAAGAACUCGUCCUCUGCGCUUGUCGGCAACGGCGAGAAAGACGACGAUCCAGAUGCGACGAAGACGGAAGGUGCGGAAGGGACGAGAGCGGGAGCAGGUAAGCCAUGGGAAGCGACACAGUCCAACUUCAAAAUCUUUGACGCCGUACCGGAUCAAACUAGAACAGUCACACUAAACAGUCAGUACUUCCUGUAG